UUGACGAGCCUCUUAAAGAAACCGAGCUGGUCCUGCUGUUCUUAUCCCCAUCGCAAACUAACGAUUGUAGAUCCAAGAAGAAGAGGAUGAUUUGAGGAAGAGAUCGAGGGUCGAAUCCGUCUUCUUCUAGAUCUUGUUUGGAUUCCCAACUCUUUCUUGGAUCGAGGUAUAUUCGGUUAUCUAAUGCUGGAUUCCGAGGGUGCUGCUUCGGCGCCGGAGUUCCCAGUCGGCCUCCGGGUGCUCCUCGUCGACGAUGACCCCACCUGCCUUAAGAUCCUCGACCGGAUGCUCCGCAAAUGCCUCUACCACGUGACGACUUGCUCCCAGGCGAUGGCGGCGCUUAAUAUUUUACGAGCGAAGAAGGAGUGCUUCGAUUUGGUGCUGUCCGAUGUUUACAUGCCCGAUAUGGACGGGUUCAAGUUGUUGGAGCAUAUCGGGUUGGAGAUGGAUCUCCCUGUCAUCAUGAUGUCUGCGGAUGACCAUAAAGAUGUUGUCAUGAAGGGUGUCACACAUGGUGCCUGUGAUUAUAUCAUAAAGCCUGUUCGGAUGGAGUCACUGAAGAAUAUAUGGCAGCAUGUGGUGAGGAAGAAGAAAAAUGAAUCGAAGGAGUUGGAUAACUCUGGGAGUCUUGACGAUAAUGAUAGGCAGAGAGGGGUUGUGGAUGAAGGAGACAAUGCUUCCUCUGUGUGUGCAGGGAAUUGGAAGAGUGUGAAGAGGAAAAAAGUGGAAGGGAAGGAUGAUGACGACGACGACGAGGCAGUGGAAGAGCAUGAAGACCCUUCACAUGCAAAGAAAUCUAGGGUUGUAUGGUCUGUUGAUCUCCACCAAAAAUUUGUGAAUGCUGUCCAUCAUCUGGGCGUUGACAAGGCUGUUCCUAAGAAAAUUCUCGAGUUGAUGAGUGUAGCUGGACUUACCAGGGAAAAUGUUGCAAGUCACUUGCAGAAAUAUCGCCUAUAUUUGAGAAGAGUAAGUAUGCCACAGUAUCAGGGAAGACUAGAUUCAUUUGCAAGUUGCCAGGAUUCAUCUUAUGGUCCAGUGGGUUUGAUCGACAGUUUUAAUGUUCACGGUCUUGCUGUUUCUACUCAGAUUCCCCUACAAAACCGAACAUCAAUACACCCAGGACCGAGAAGUAACACAAAUGUUGGCAUCGGUGCGUCGACUGUUGGUCAAUUAGGUCUCAUUGCUUCUGGUGCACCACCAAACAUGGUUUUCCCAUCUGUUCAGCAAAUGAAUAAACAGAUGAGCAACACUCGUGGAUCCUCUAGCAACAUUCAAUCAAGCCAAUUAGGGCAGACACCCUCAGUAGUUCAACCAUAUGGGAGCAUGAGUUUACAGUUUGGGGAAGAAAUGCCGAAUUUUCUUACAUCUUCACAAACAUCAAACUUCUCGCUGCCCGGAGGCACUAUGAGUGAACAAAUGAACAAGUCAUUAACAAUGCAGCAGACUCACAAUUUGCCACAAUUUUCUUUCUCUCAGCCAAGGAGCAAUAUCAGUAUCCUACAUUCAAGUGGGCAAUUAUUGAAUAAUAAUGCAAGUAAUAGUUCUAGGUUUUCAUCAGCUUUAAUGCAGCAAACAUCUUCGAAUGAGAGCUCAAAUCAUAUUUUAGGAAGGCUGGGCAUUACUACAAAUAUUACAUCCUCGCCUGCCAACUACAUGAAGUCCUCGUUUAGUUCCUUUCCUCAGGACCUCUAUGUCGAUGCACAGAGCAGCUUCAUGAAUGAACUAUCUGGAAAUUCCUAUCCUUCUGCAAGUUGCAUUGGAGUUUCACCACAGACGACAAGUUUCCAGUUGCUCGGUAGCAAUCAUGACUUGAAAGGAAAAAUCAAAAUGUUCCAGGUUUCAAUUCCAUCAAUGAACAUCAAAACAGAAGCCAUGAGUGGAAGUUGCAAAGUGUUAAUAUUCCAUACCAAACAGAUCAUAUUGCUGACUUUGAACAAAGCAAUAUACUGUCUCAGUCGUCGUUAAUGAGUCAUCACAAUACAGUUGCUACUGUGUCUAAUAGAGAUAACAAUAGCAGUGUCACAGUUAAAGAAGAAAUAAUAUCACUGUCAAAUGAUAUUGAUGUUGAGAAAACAACCAGUUUUGCUCAGCACAAAAAUGCAAAUAUAGAUGAUGACUCCAUCAGAUUACAUUAUGGAGUUGGUCCAGACAUGAGUUAUCAAGAUGUGUUGCUCGAUGACAUACAAAAUGAGCUCAUGACUGUUGUCGGAAACCAGGAUCCAUGCUGAUUACGAGUUAACGAGAUGCAUGUCCUCUUUUCAUAGGACAAUCAGCAGGAAAGAACAGGAAAUACUGAUUCUAUGUUUGACUAUUCAGUGUAGUUAGAGUUCCAACAUCACCCAACAGAUCAGAAAAUUCUUGAAGUUGAUUCAGAUUAUCACACAAAACAAAUAAAUAGUGAUGGAAAAGAAAGCGUCUGAGGACCUUCUCUUCUGCAAAUCUAUCCACAAAGUGGUCUCAUCAGCAAAUUAUUUGUACAGAUGAACUUAAUCUGCCAAGUUUUGAUUUUUGUUUUUAUUUUUAUUUUUAGUUCAAUCUAACGAGACAUGUUCAUUAAAUGGUGCAUUAGUUUGUUCUUUUAUGAGCUUGCCUUUAUAUAUCUCCUAAAUCACUUUAGCUUUGGAAGGUGUUAUUUUAUUUUGUUUUAUUUUUAGCUCCAAUAGUUGUGUAUGGGUUCUAUUUCAUGAGUGAGAAUAUAGUUGUGCUAGUGUUUCUCUA